CGCGGCGCAGGGGCUUAAGAGGCCGUCUCAACUCCUGCUCGUGCCGCUUCCGCUGCGCGGCCUUCACCGUGAGCUCGAGAUGUUGCCGCUGCUGCCCCAGCUCCGCCGCGCCCUGCUCUCCGGCCCCUGGCGGGCGGGGCUUCGAUGGCAGCAUGCUGCCUCAGUGAAGGUGACCAAUGAGCCUGUCUUGGCAUUCAACCCAGGCAGCCCUGAGCGAAAAGCCUUGCAGCAGGCCUUGAAGGACCUGAAGGAUAAGACAGAAGCCAUUCCAUGUAUCAUUGGGGAUGAAGAAGUGUGGACCUCAGAUGUGCAAUACCAAGUGUCGCCAUUUAACCAUGGGCACAAGGUGGCCAAAUACUGCUAUGCCGACAAGGCCCUACUCAACAAAGCCAUUGAAGCUGCCCUGGCUGCUCGAAAGGAGUGGGACCUGAGGCCCAUCUCAGAUCGGGCACAGAUCUUUCUGAAAGCUGCAGACAUGCUGAGUGGUCCCCGAAGGGCAGAGAUCCUUGCCAAGACCAUGAUUGGGCAGGGCAAGACUGUGAUCCAGGCCGAGUUUGACGCCGCUGCUGAGCUCAUCGACUUUUUCCGAUUCAAUGCCAAGUUUGCCAUGGAGCUGGAGGGUGAGCAGCUUGUCAGUGUCCCUCCCAGCACCAACAGAGUGGUCUACCGAGGCCUGGAGGGCUUCGUGGCAGCCGUCUCUCCCUUUAACUUCACAGCGAUUGGAGGCAACCUCGCUGGGACUCCAGCUUUGAUGGGCAACGUAGUGUUGUGGAAGCCCAGCGACACGGCUAUUCUGGCCAGCCACGCUGUGUACAGAGUCCUCCGAGAGGCCGGUCUCCCCCCAAACAUUAUCCAGUUUGUCCCGGCUGACGGGCCCGUCUUCGGGGAUACUGUCACCAGCUCAGAACACUUCUGCGGGCUCAAUUUCACUGGCAGCGUGCCCACCUUUAAACGCCUAUGGAAGCAGGUGGCAGACAACUUGGAUCGUUACCGUACCUUCCCACGUAUGUCAGGAGAGUGCGGCGGGAAGAACUUCCAUUUCAUCCACAGCUCAGCGGAUGUGGCCAGUGUGGUGAACGGGACACUGCGCUCCGCCUUCGAGUAUGGCGGUCAGAAGUGUUCGGCCUGCUCGCGCCUCUAUGUCCCAGACUCAAUGUGGCCCAAGGUCAAAGAGCAACUUCUGCAGGAGCACAGCAAGAUGCGAGUGGGAGAUCCUGUGGAGGAUUUUGGAACAUUCUUCUCCGCUGUCAUUGAUGCCAAGUCUUUUGGACGCAUUAAGAAAUGGCUGGAGCAUGUCCAGUCCUCACCCAACCUCAGCAUCCUGGCUGGGGGCCAGUGUGAUGACUCUGUGGGCUACUUUGUCCAGCCCUGCAUCGUGGAGAGCAAGGACCCACAAGACCCCAUCCUGAAGGAGGAGAUCUUUGGCCCCAUCCUGACUGUCUACGUGUACCCAGAACGCCAGUACAAAGAGACUCUUCGGCUGGUGGACAGCACCUCCCCCUACGGCCUCACGGGGGCAGUGUUUGCUCAGGAUAAGAACAUCAUUGACGAGGCCACGAAAAUACUGAGGAACGCAGCUGGCAACUUUUACAUUAAUGACAAGUCCACGGGUGCAGUGGUGGGUCAGCAGCCUUUUGGGGGCUCCCGUGUGUCAGGCACGAAUGACAAGCCAGGUGGCCCCCAUUAUGUCCUCCGCUGGACCUCACCCCAGGUCAUCAAGGAGACUCAUGCUCCCCUUGGGGACUGGAAGUAUUCCUACAUGCAGUGAGCCAUGGGGGCUAGCUCCUCAUCCGUUCAAGCUACUGACCAGUUGUCUGCCUACACUGUUAGUUCCUGAUCUCCUCUCACCUUUCUCUGCCCCAGGGCCGAGACUCUGGGUAGUGAUGUCAGAUCGUGCACACGCACACACCUACUCCCACUUGCCUGCCAGUUCUCCUAGCUCAGGUCAUGGAAGCUGCCAUCUUGUAUGAGCCUGAGAAGGCGCCUCAGGAAGGUGGCUGAAGCUGGUGUUGGAUUGUCCUUCUCUGCCCUUCCUGAGGUUGUGUCAGCUCUUUGCACAUACGCCCCCCCCCCCACCCCCAUAGGGUUUUAUCCUCCAGGGCAGACACAGACUUGCCUCUUCCUGUCCCUUAAGGACAGUCAUUCAGUUUCACCAGAGCCUUAAGAACUGAAGGGGAAGGGUUCCUUUUCCGUCCAUCUCAGAAAAUCACCUUUAGCCAUGGGUUCUCAGUGCAGGCUGCCUUGCCUGCCUUGUUUCUCUCUCAUUCUCGAUCUUUUUCUCUCAUGUAUGGGCACAUGUUUGUGUGUCGGUGAAAGUAGAGCGUCCUUCCCUGCUCUCUGUAGGUGCUUUCCUAAUCUGCCUUAAGCCCACCCGGAUGGGACCAAGACCAGGGAUCUGCCCCCUCAGACAUUCUGGUGGCUGGGUCCAUAUAACUCUUUACUCUGGGUGCAUACUAAGAAAUAGCCUGAGGGGUUCAGCUAGCUCCUUCCUUUUCUCUCCUAUGAUUUGGGGGUGAAGGAGGGAUGAAAUGGGGGGCUAUAUAGUUUCAGCCUUAUGCCUGAUCUCCUGUUAGCUGGAGUUUAACUUAUGAUCCUUGUGGUUCCUGGGGCAGCACUUCCAAAGAUGCCAGGUUCCAGCCAUCUCAGACCCUGAGAUGUGUUCACCCAUGGGGAUGGAGAAGCCUGGAAUGUGCCUGUGGGGAGUAGGUCCAAUAUAACCUUCCCAACCUGUCUAACUCCCAAGAUCCACUUGGAAUGUUCUAGACUUUCAAAUGCAGACCACUCAUCUGACCCUGGGGAAUCACUUCAUCUCUCUGUGCCUUGGUUUCCUCACCAGAUAAUUACCGAUUAUCCCUGUAUUCAUUUGAGGCAUAUGAUUGGUCCCCUACCUGAAGGGUUCCCACAGUAGAUCAGAGUGGAUCUUGAGCUGGGGAUUUGGGCUACACUGAUCCUAGGGGAGGAGUGGCUGUCUUGGGGCACAAUGGAAAAGUCAACUGAAGGGCCUGAGAACACAACUGCUCCUCCUAAUGUUUGCCAUCUUUCUCUGGGAUUGUACUUAGACAUCACUAGCACAAGUCAACCUGCAAUUUACGUUGGCCCUUGAGGGGGAGAGGGGGCUCCUGUUGUUUUUGCUUCAAGCACAUUUAGGUUUUUCUGUGGUGGAGGUGGAAUGUAAGGAGAGCAGGGGGUCGACUCAGAGAGGCUUCCCUUGUUCUGAACUGUGAUGUGGAGCAUGGGUAUGUACUGGAGACUACCUGCUGCCUAAUAAAAUUCUUGGUAUUUAUGCAA